CCGUGAAGAUCUGAUCGAUUUUAAGUGUAGCCGCCAUGCUUACUGCAAUUGCUUUGGUCUUGUGUUUCGUUCACGUCACCUUUGCCGGGGUUUAUUUCUAUUUGACGUGGUACCACAGGUACUGGGACAAGCGGGGUGUGGUCACCGCCAAGCCGCUGACCCUGCUGGGCACCUAUCCGGGCAUUCUGGUGAACAAGAGUCGCAGUCUUAUACUUGACGUCCAGGAGAUCUACAAUAAGUACAAGGAUAAACAUAGAGCAGUGGGCACAUUCAUCACUCGACAGCCCCAGCUUCUCAUUCUUGAUCCAGCUCUGGCCCAUGAGAUUUUGGUGGACAAGUUCAGUCACUUCAGGGACACUAUAACCAGCAGCUUCACCGGCCACAAUGCGGAUGAUAAAUUUGUGGCAAGGUCGCCGUUUUUCAGCGCUGGCGAGGAUUGGAAACGAAGGCGUACUGAGAAUGUGGGCGGUCUGACGCCCAACCGGCUAAAACUGGCCUUUACUAUCUGGGAGCAGAGCGGUCGUAAGCUAGUAGAGUAUAUUGAGCGGGCGAGGCGGCAGAAGGGCGAUGUCAUCGAGACCAGGGAUCUUUCUUAUCGCUUCACGGCCGACGUAAUGGCUGACUUUAUAUGGGGCAUCGAUGCGGGCUCGCUAAGCGGUGAUGUCGGAGAGCUCGGGGCCUUCCAGAAAACCUCCACGGACUGGACCGUCUUUGCCUUCAGCUCAAUGAUCCGUUUCAACAAGACCCUGGUGGCUCCAAUUAUGCGAAAACUGUUUAAGAUGCGCUUCUUCACCAAGGCAUCAGAUGAGUUCUUUCUGCGAUUGACCAAGGAUGCGAUUAAACUCCGGCAGGGCGGCAGUGGAGAGGGUCGCACGGACUACCUCUCCCACCUUCUCCAGCUGCAAGAGCGUGGGAAUACCAUCCAUGACUCCGUGGGUCAUGCCCUUACCGUCCAUUUGGACGGAUACGAGACCUCCGGGGCUGUGCUUUACCACAUGCUCUAUUCGCUGAGCGAGCACCGCGAAGAGCAGGAAAAGUUGCGAUCGGAAAUUUUAGACGCUUUGGAUGCCAAUGCGAAUAUCAGCUAUGAGCAGCUCAACGCCCUGCCCUAUCUGGAUCAGUGCGUAAAUGAAUCACUGCGUUUAACAACACCCAUCGGUUUCUUUAUGCGUAUCUGCACUAAGCCCAUUCAGCUUGAUUUGGGCAAGGACAAAACUGUGGACUUGGAGCCAGGAACUACGGUGAUGGUGCCCGCUUUUCAGUACCACCAUGAUGACGGUAUCUACCCAGAGGCUAGUGAAUUUAAGCCGGAUCGGUUUGAGAACGGAGCAGCAAGUGCCUUCAACAAGCGCGGAUGCUUCCUGCCUUUCGGCGAUGGUCCCCGUAUUUGUUUAGGUAUGCGGGUUGGACAGCUGAGUGUUAAGACCGCCAUCCUCCACAUCCUUUCGAAUUACCUGGUGGAGCAGACGAAAAAAGUGCCCAUGGGCGCCGACACGGGCCUGGGAAUAUUCCUCAAUGGAGAUGUCGAACUGAAAUAUACAAAAUUGCGAAAAUAAAACGCAGAGGUUUUUUUCUUUAA